AUGAGCGCUGAUUACGCUAACGAAGGUAUCCCAGUGUACAAAGGGGUGCUUCGGAAAGGAGUGGGGGCCUCCAACUGGAGUCUUCGAAUCAAGACCGCGCACGUGUCGGGCACGCUGGACCCGCCCCAUUCUGGCGGGAGCCUCGGCAGGGUAACCCUAAGCCUGCCCAGUCCACCUUCUGCGCAGGCGCAGAGGUUCAGCCUUCCGACGAGAACCGUGGAGUCUUCUGAGCAUUGGCGUUCUGUGCGGCGCGUGCGCAGUGCGGCCCAGCGGGUUUCUCCCUGCUUCCGGACUACAUUUCCCAGAAUGUACACUGAGUUCCCACUAGCUCGUCAUGCGUGGACUGAUGCAAGCACAAUGCAUUGUGGGAAUGGCACUGCCAGAGAACUAAAAGCCAGGAGGCCUCCGUCCGGUGCCCGAGGCACGACUUCCACCAGGGUUUGGGGCAGCAGCUGCGACGGGCCUAGCGCAGCCCACGGACCGUGUCUGUCCGUGUCUUCACCCUCUGGGGAGUGCGUGGGCACGUUGGUCAUUGACUGCCGUCCAUCGUUGGCCAUUUCAUUUGCGCCCCCCCCAGGAGAACUUCCCCCCACCCCCGUCAGGAGGACCCUCGCAGCUUCCAGUGUGGUCCCCUGGAGAGAGCUCCCCUAUGUUUGUGCCCUGAUCCACCGGGAGCCUCUGCCUCUCCUCUGCCCAGAUUCCUCGUGGUAUGGAGACUCUGUGCUUUUCCAAGGCCAGAUUGGAGAGGAGGAGGAGGCAGUGACUUUUGGGCUCCUUACAACCAAGCUCCAGAAAUCAGUGACAUUCAAAGAUGUGGCUGUGGACUUCACCCAGGAAGAGUGGAGAUGCUUGGAUCCUGCCCAGAGGGCCCUGUACAGAGAUGUGAUGUUGGAGACCUAUGAGAACCUCAUCUCCCUUGGAAUCCCUGUUUCAAAACUGAAUGUGGUCUCCUUGUUAGAGAGAGGAGAAGCAACAUGGAUGCCAAAGGGAGAAGACCCAAGAUGCAUUUGUCUAGAUUCCUUUAGUGAAGACACUGGGUUUGAAGUCAAGGACUUAAAUAUGGUGCAGAACAUUUGCAUGGAGACAUCUGGGAAAAGGCUGCCAAAAGGCACUGCCUGGCAUUGCAGUACAGAAGAAGCCAGGGAAUAUGAUAUGAAUUUGGAGAAACAGAAGAGACCAUUCAGGGAAGUCACCAGUCACAGAACAACUCUGAAUAAUGUGAAUGUGCCUCAGUGUACAGCAUCUGGGAAGAGUUUAAGUCUAAGGCCAAUCUUUGUUGCAUUGUGGAAAGAAAUUAUGGAGAAAAGUCUGAAUAAGUAUAAGGCAGUUGGAAAGAACUUGAAGGGUUUUUCAAACCUAAUUACAUAUAAUACACUGUCUUUAGAGAAGAGCUUUUCUAAGUACACCAAAUGCAAGAAACCUUUCAGGUACUACUCAGGCCUAUUUAAGUUUCAUAGAAUAGUUGCCAGAGAAAAGCUACGUGAACAGAGUGAAUGUGGAAAAGUAUUUAGAAGAUCAAAUCUUAUUGAAAAUCAGAUAAUUCCUACUGGAGAGAAAUAUUAUGACUAUAAUAAAUAUGGAAAAGGCUACAUCCACAAAGGAAGCUUGACCGAACUUAAGAUAAAUCAUGCCAAAGUGAAACCCUUUAAAUGUAAUGAAUGUGGCAAAGGCUUUAGCCUGAGAUCAAACCUUAUUACCCAUCAAAAAACUCACACUGGAGAAAAACCCUUUGAUUGUAAUGAAUGUGGAAAAGCCUUUAGUCGAAGGGGAAAUCUGAUUGCUCAUCAGAGAACUCAUAACGGAGAGAAACCUUUUGUAUGUAAUGAAUGUGGAAAAGGCUUCAGCCAGAGAGGAAACCUGAUUGCGCACCAUCGAACUCAUACUGGAGAGAAAUCAUUUCCAUGUAAUAAAUGUGGAAAAAGCUUCAUUCAUAGGGUAAACCUUACUACUCAUCAGAGAACUCAUACAGGAGAGAAACCCUUUGCAUGUCAUGAAUGUAGGAAAGGCUUUAGUCAUAGGGGAAACCUUAUCACCCAUCUGAGAACUCAUACUAGAGAGAAACCCUUUGAAUGUAGUGAGUGUGGGAAAGCCUUCAGGUUUCGGGGAAGCCUUAUUAGACACCAGAGAACUCAUACAGGAGAGAAACCUUUUGCAUGUAGCGUAUGUGGAAAAGCCUUCAACCACAUGGGAUACCUCAUUGAUCAUCAGAGGAUUCAUACUGGAGAAAAACCAUUUGAAUGUAAUGAAUGUGGGAAAGGCUUCAGCAAGAGAGGAUACCUCAUUUGUCAUCAAGGAAUUCAUACUGGAGAGAAGCCCUUUAAAUGUAAUGAAUGUGGAAAAGCCUUCAGCCAGAGAGGAAACCUUAUUGCACAUCAGAGAACUCAUACUGGAGAAAAACCCUUUGCAUGUAAGGAAUGUGGGAAAGGCUUCAGCCGGAGGGAAAAUCUUACUAGUCAUGAGAGAGUUCAUACUGGGGAGAAACCCUUUGUAUGUAAUGAAUGUGGGAAAUCCUUUACCCAGAGAACAAGCCUCAUUACCCAUCAGCGAAUUCAUACUGGAGAGAAACCCUUUGUAUGUAAUGAAUGUGAAAAAUCUUUCAGCCACAGAGAUUCCCUCACUUAUCAUCAAAGAACUCACACUGGAGAAAAGCCUUUUGAAUGUCAGGAAUGCGGGAAGGCCUUCACCCAAAGGGCAAGCCUUAUUACUCAUCAGAGGACUCAUACUGGAGAGAAGCCCUUUAUAUGUAAUGAAUGUGGGAAAGCCUUCAGCCACCGAGUAUCUCUCACUUGUCAUCAAAGAACUCAUAAUGGAGAGAAACCCUUUGAAUGUCAGGAAUGCGGGAAAGCCUGUAGCCAGAAAGCAAACCUUAUUACCCACCAGAGAACUCAUGUAAGAGAGAAACCCUUUGCAUGUAAUGAAUGUGGGAAAGGCUUCAGCAGGAGGUCUAACCUUAUUACCCACCAGAAAAGUCACACUGGAAAGAAACAGCAGUUGAUGAAAUAGAGAGGCUUCAGACAGGAAGCACACCUUCACAGCCACCAGAGAACUCAGAUUCUGACACCUUCAACCAGGAGAGACACCUUUCCUUUCUAAAAUACUUGAUUGUGGCACUUUUUGGUUUUCAUACCAUUGGCAUUUCUCAACCUAUGCCUUUUCCAUCCCCUCUAAGGAGUUAACUCUUAGCUUGAAAAAGUACAGCAAAACAAACCAACAUAUUAAAAAAACUGACAUUGUAUGUAUUGUUCCAUACCCAAAGUCCACCAUCUUUGUAAAGAAGAGGGGGCGGAGCGGGGUAGUCUUUUUUUAGAAUUUGAUUUUAGUUUUCAUCACUUCUGC